AUGUCUCUAAUGUGGAUGGUCAAGCAAACUGAAAUUUAUUAUCUGUUCUUUGCUGCAGAAAAAUUUAAGGAAAGGAUUGAGCCCAACAAGGAAAAAAUUCCCGCACAUGUAUUACAAGUUGAGCUUACAAAACUCCAGCUGUUAGAGGCCAGUUCAAGCGAGUUUAACGUGACCGUAUUGCCUUGGGGAAAUUACAGUGUGGGGACAGCAAAUCCUCUUGUUCUGAUCGACGAGAUUGAUAAGCUUGGGAGAGGUCAUGCGGGUGACCCAGCCAGUGCGUUGUUGGAGCUUAUGGACCAGUAUCUCGAUGUCACUAUUGACCUAUCAAAGGUUUUAUUUGUGUGCACAGCAAAUGUAAUAGACAUGAUUCUGAAUCUUCUGCUAGACAGAAUGGAGGUGAUUUCUAUUGCUGGGUAUAUCACUGAUGAGAAAGUUCAUAUCGCAAGAGACUAUUUGGAAAAAACCACACGCAGAGAUUGUGGCAUCAAGCCUGAACAUGUUGAGGUGAAUGAUGCAGCUCUUCUUUUCUUGAUAGAAAAUUACUGUAGAGAAGCAGGUAUUGCCCUUAAAUUAGUGCGCGAAGUAGUUACCGAAGAGCCUGUAGGUGCAAUUGAUGCCGAAGAGGCUGAAAUUGUAACUAAACUCGAUGUGGAGCCCCCAGAGAACCAUAUUGUCCAAGAAAACCCUGUGCCCUCUGCUGAAGAAUCAAAGGAAGAGGCUCAAAUCGAACCUAGCAGAUUAUGUGGGAAAACCAAGCCAACUGUCGUGGAGGAUGGGGAAGGUAAAGGUGGCCUGAAUAUAACGGGACAACUUGGUGAUGUGAUGAAGGAAAGCACACAAAUCGCUCACAGGGCCACACACAAGGACGGUCCAAGCGCAGGCUGUACGUUGAUCACAUCAUUACUAUCACUUGCCAUGAAGAAACCUGUUAGGAAGGAUCUUGCAUUGACUGGAGAAGUCACACUAACAGGUAGAAUUCUACCUAAUGGAGGGGUGAAGGAGAAAACUAUAGCGGCGAGACGGAGUCAGGAGAAAACGAUAAUAUUUCCGGAGGCAAACCGGAGAAACUUUGAUGAGCUUGCGGAGAAUGUGAAAGAAGGGCUUGAUGUUCACUUUGUGGAUAACUAUGAAAAGAUCUUCGAGCUUGCUUUUGGCUAUGACGAUCAUCAGAUUCAGACCAAACAAGAAGACUGA